AUGGAAGAUGCAAUUGACGACAAGGCUGCUGCACCGUCCCACGACAAUGAAGAUCGGCUUUCGGGUCGGGCCCGCUCUGAGAGCGCAAGCAGUGGACACAAGCGCAGCUCCUCGGGAUCAUUGCUAUCCAGACUCUCGUUUUUGCGCAUGAUGCAAGCUAGCCAAAAUCCCUCGGAACGAGGCCACUCGGGCCUCGAAGCCGACGAUGACGGGGACGACCUCAGUUCCAGCUUGAAAGGGAGGGCAAUGUCAAGCGCCCUACAACAGAGACGGACACGCAGGAGAAGAGGUUCGCUGAGAAAGACGGCCUUGCUAGGCACACGAUUUGAUUAUCGCGACAAAAAGGCUACAAGACCCCCUGUCGAUGCUAUCCGUGGAGAUGUUGCCGACCAACCUCAACUCCAACCACAACCCCAGCAACAACCACAACUUCAACCACCGCCUGUUCCGACCCAUAGUCAUACGCGCUUGCGAUCUUUCGCCGAUUCGGUUCCUUUGAACAACUCAUUUACACCGAGCGAACCCCCCGGGCGAGAGACGCCAGCUGAGAAUAGUGCACCCACCUGGACCUUAAUGGAUGUGCCGCAACGGGCUCGGAACGGUCCUCACCACCAUCCAAUGCAAUCUAAGGAGAGCCUCGUCAGCGGGGAUGUCACAACCGACGAUGAGGAUAUUGUUUCUUUUCCUUCUAGAAAAGGCAUUGGCGCCGGUCCAAGUGCGUUCCGCAGCUCCAGUAACACCUCAAGCACCAGCGGUGCGGGCUUGCACCUUCCAACUCCUGGGUCGAGCGCCGAUUCCUACUACUCCCUGCAAACGGACCAAAAGUACCGAAGUACCCAUCGCGCAAAGUCGCCCCUCGCAACGCAUGCGGUUGACAUCACUAGUGGCCAGGAAGUGUUGGGUUGGGACUAUUCUGAAACCGAAUGGUGGGGUUGGAUAAUACUGAUAGUGACCUGGUUGGUCUUUGUCGUAGGGAUGGGAAGUUGCUUUGGUGUCUGGAGCUGGGCAUGGGAUGUUGGGGAGACUCCUUAUGCACCUCCGGAGCUGGAGGAUGACCCUACUCUGCCUAUUGUUGGAUAUUAUCCUGCGCUCAUUAUAUUGACCGCGGUCAUGUCGUGGGUAUGGGUUGUUGUUGCAUGGGUUGGCAUGAAGUACUUUAAGCAUGCCAAUAUCACAGGAGAUGACACUUGA